AUGACCGCCGAGAAGGCGCUGCCCAUCGGCAAUGGCAACGCAGCGGAGGAGGCGCGGGACCCCGAGGCCUCUAGUACCAGCCUGGUGCCCAGCCGCGACAAGAAGGUCCACGAGCGGGGCCACUGGAACAACAAGGUGGAGUUUGUGCUGAGCGUGGCGGGCGAGAUCAUCGGGCUGGGCAACGUGUGGCGCUUCCCUUACCUGUGCUACAAGAACGGAGGAGGUGCUUUCCUGAUUCCAUAUGUGGUAUUUUUUAUAUGCUGUGGAAUACCUGUGUUUUUCCUGGAGACAGCCCUGGGACAGUUUACUAGUGAAGGUGGUAUUACAUGCUGGAGGAAAAUUUGCCCUUUGUUUGAAGGCAUUGGUUAUGCAACUCAAGUGAUUGAGGCCCACUUAAAUGUAUACUACAUCAUCAUUCUAGCCUGGGCUGUUUUCUACCUAUUCAAUUGCUUCACCACGGAGCUACCCUGGGCCACCUGUGGGCAUGAGUGGAAUACAGAUCGCUGCGUGGAGUUCCAGAAGCUGAAUAUGAGCAACUGCAGCCAGGUGUCCCUCCAGAAUGCCACCUCACCCGUUAUGGAAUUUUGGGAGCGCAGAGUCCUCGCCAUCUCUGAUGGGAUCGAACACAUUGGUGACCUCCGCUGGGAGCUGGCCCUGUGCCUCCUCGCUGCCUGGACCAUUUGCUAUUUCUGCAUUUGGAAGGGGACCAAAUCCACAGGGAAGGUUGUGUAUGUCACCGCCACGUUCCCCUACAUCAUGCUUCUGAUUCUUCUCAUUCGAGGGGUGACGCUGCCCGGAGCUUCCGAAGGGAUCAAGUUUUACCUCUACCCUGAUCUCUCUCGACUCUCCGAUCCCCAGGUCUGGGUAGAUGCUGGAACUCAGAUAUUUUUCUCCUAUGCCAUCUGCCUGGGAUGCUUGACAGCACUGGGAAGUUACAACAAUUAUAAUAACAAUUGCUACAGAGACUGCAUCAUGCUGUGCUGUCUGAACAGUGGCACCAGCUUCGUGGCUGGGUUUGCCAUCUUCUCUGUCCUUGGCUUCAUGGCGUAUGAACAGGGGGUGCCCAUCGCUGAGGUAGCGGAAUCAGGGCCAGGACUAGCCUUUAUUGCCUACCCCAAGGCAGUCACCAUGAUGCCCCUUUCUCCUCUGUGGGCUGCCUUGUUCUUCAUGAUGCUUAUCUUCCUGGGACUGGACAGCCAGUUUGUGUGUGUGGAAAGCCUCGUGACAGCAGUGGUGGACAUGUACCCAAAGACUUUUCGGCGGGGCUAUCGGCGAGAAUUGCUCAUCCUGGCCCUGUCUAUUGUCUCCUACUUCCUCGGUCUGGUCAUGCUAACGGAGGGUGGCAUGUAUAUCUUCCAGCUGUUUGACUCCUAUGCAGCCAGCGGGAUGUGCCUUCUCUUUGUCGCUAUCUUUGAAUGUGUCUGCAUUGGCUGGGUUUAUGGAAGCAAUCGUUUUUAUGACAACAUUGAAGACAUGAUUGGCUACAAACCACUAUCCCUAAUAAAGUGGUGCUGGAAGGUGGUGACCCCAGGCAUCUGUGCAGGAAUCUUCAUCUUCUUCCUGGUGAAAUACAAACCCCUCAAGUACAACAACGUGUACACAUACCCCAACUGGGGCUAUGGGAUUGGGUGGAUGAUGGCGCUCUCCUCCAUGGUCUGCAUUCCACUUUGGAUUGUCCUCAAGAUGUGGAAGAUUGAGGGGACACUCCUGGAGAAAUUCAGGAAGCUGAUAGUGCCCAGCCCAGACCUGAAGAUGAGAGGGAAGCUUGGAGCCAGCCCACGAACGGUUACUCUAAAUGACUGUGAUGCCAAACUCAAAGGGGAUGGAAACAUUUCUGCCAUCACAGAAAAGGAGACACAUUUCUGA